AAUCAUUGGUAGAGAGACUUUAUAUUCAAAACAUGGAGCCUACGAACAUACAUUUAACCAUAAGAAAACAAAACCCACAGAGCGUGUGCAUUCUACGAGACAUACAAAACGUGAUAAAAAAGAUUAAAGUCAAAAUGUACGGUGAUCGGACUCCAAUGCAGAUAUUGGAGCAAAUGUUGCAUGAAGGAAGGUAUGUUUAUCACACCCAGGUGAAUCCCGAAACAAAUGCGGUCGAGGAGGUUUUUUUGUUCAUUGGUACUCGUACGAUAUGUGGCGUGCUUUCCCACAUGUGUUGAUGAUUGAUACCACUUACAAAACGAAUGAGUAUAGACUUCCGUUUGUUCAAAUUGUGGGUGUAACAUCGACACACAAGUCGUUUUGUGUCGCUCAUGCUUUUAUCUCUAAAGAAAAACAGGAUAACUUCUUGUGGGUCCUACAGAACCUCAAAGGAUUGUUGGAAGAGGGUAUGGAACCGCGCGUGAUAGUAACAGACUGCGAUAAAGCUUUGAUGAAUGCUUGCGAUAAAGUAUUCCCAAAAGCAUCCAAAUUGCUAUGUCGGUGGCACAUCUCACAAAAUAUUCUAAAACACACCAAGGCAAAAUUUGCAACGGCUGAAGAAUGGAAAAUAUUCAAGGUUUCUUGGUCUCGAUUGUGUAAUUCUCCCACUGAGACGCUAUACAAUUAUAACUUUGAGCGGCUAUUUACGCGACUGACUGACGACCAUAGAUCAGGAGUUUUGGACUAUUUGUAUACUGUCUGGCUACUACCCUAUAAAGAAAAGUUUGUUUCAGCCUGGAAUUGCAAAAUUCCUCUUGCCGUGGUAGACAAAUUCUGGACAAAACUAGAUUUCAAUGCUGAAGAACUUAAGGAAGACGAUAAUAAUCUUCGGGGAGGAAAUGGACAAAGUCAUGCAACAACUGAAGGCGCAACAACCGAUAGUGUUAAAAAGUAUGUUGUCGAAGAUAAAGGAGGUAGUGAAUCCGAGUAUGACUGA